AUGAUCUCUAAGGUUUUUGACUUCAUGAAGAAAUCCAAAUCGUCCAUUCAACUAAACAACACACCAGUCCUCGAUCUUCUCUCUUCCUCAUCAUCAACCAAACCAAAAGCUUUGUACGAUGUGUUCAUCAACCACAGAGGAUCCGACACAAAGAGAAACAUUGCAACGUUGCUUUACGACAAUCUCAAUGCCCGUAACAUACGUCCAUUCUUGGAUAGCAAGAACAUGAAGCCUGGAGAUAAGCUUUUUGAUCACAUCAACCGCGCCAUUUUCACUUCUAAAGUUGCUAUAACCGUAUUUUCUCCCAACUAUUGCGAUUCCUAUUUCUGUUUGCACGAGCUUGCUCUUAUAAUGGAGUCCAAUAAAAGGGUUAUACCGAUAUUUUUCGACAUCAAACCUUCACAACUCGAUGUUAUGAUCGAAAAGGUGACAUGUUCUGAUAGUGAAAUACGACGGUUUAGAUGGGCUCUUCAAGAAGCUAAAGAUACAGUUGGGCUUACGUUCGAUUCCUGUAAAGGGAAUUUAUCGGAGGUUGUCAAGAUUGCAUCUGAUGUUAUCGUUGAGAGGUUGGUGGAGUUAGAGGAUGAACAUGAAGAUGUUAAGGCGUUGGAAGAACUUUAA